AUGGCUUCAACUUCGCCCCUCCGUCUCGACGUGAUUCGCAUCUACAAAGAAUUACUCUAUCUCGGCCGCGAGUAUCCAUUGGGAUAUGACUAUUUCCGGCCUCGUCUACACAAAGCCUUCGCGGCCAAAGCAGGCCUCGAAGAUGAAGCUCAGAUCCGCAAGGGCAUUCAGCAGGCGGAGUUUGUUAAGAAAGAAAUCGAAGCAUUGUAA